GCUGGUGCGAAAUCUGCAGUUCAACAAGAGUGCAGAGUACAAUUAUCGAGCACACGGCCACAAUUAUAAGUAGAGGUGAUUUGCUAUUUAAUUGUGAGCGCGAAGCGAAGGAGAGAGAACAAAAGCUAUGCAGCCUCGGGAUUGCCCUGAACAGCACGCUGAUCCAGCUGCGGGAAAGUAAUGAAACCAUCGCAGCGAUAAGCAGUCGAAAUGGGCUACUGGAGAGUGAGUUGAGCGAGAGGAAAGCUGAAGUCGACAAACAAAACAAAACGAUAGACGCCUUGAGUAAGCUUGUGAGCAACCAGAGCAGCUCAGUCCUGGAACUGAAACAGGCGAAUGUGCUGCAGCUACAAGAGCUGGGCCAAGCCCGGAAUACGAUCAACAUGCAGGCAGAACUAGUCAGAUCCAGUGCUGCCAUAGAAGCACUGAGCAAGCAGGCUGACGAGCUGAAGGCGCAGCUCAGUGCGGGGAACGAGAGUAUCAAGCACUUGAAUGAAAUCAUCGAGGGCUACGGCAGCUGCUGCCAGGCAUCGAGCUGCGUCUCAUACGGCGCCUCCAACACUGUGCACGUGAUCCAGGUGAAUGGCGUGCCGGAGCCCUUCCAAGUGCUCUGCAAUAGCCAACUGGCCGGCAAUGGCUGGACCGUCAUACAGCGCCGGAUCAACGGCGAGGUGGACUUCUAUCGCAGCUGGGACGAGUACAAGAGGGGAUUCGGCAAUGCCACCGGCGAGUUCUUCAUUGGGCUGGAGCGACUGCAUCACAUGACUAAGGACACGCCCCAGCAGCUGUACGUCUGGCUGGAGGACUUUAGCAACAAUACGAGAUGCGCCAGCUUCGACGACCUCAAAAUAGGCUCCGAGGAGGAGGCAUAUGCCCUGCUAUCGCUCGGCAAGCACCAGGGCACCGUCAAGGAUGCGAUGCGCCUGAGCAGGGGCCAAAAGUUCACCACCUUCGAUCGAGACAACGAUGCAGAUGAGCUCAACAACUGCGCUGAGCUCCGGCAUGGCGCCUGGUGGUAUGACCAUUGCGGCUACAGCAACUUGAAUGGUUUUUAUACCGAGGCGGACUUGGAGUAUGAUUAUGCCAAUAAGGGCAUCUUUUGGGCGGAUAGCGAUUUUCAUGAGUCGGAUUAUUCGUUGAAAUCAGUUAUCAUGAUGAUAAGACCCAAAGACUUCAAAGAACCCGUAUAAGAACUUGGAUUAUAAUAAAUAUGUUGCUAAAAACAAAUGUGCAAUGCUUGAAAAAAUUAUUUAAAAUAAAAUAGUUUGAUUAAAAUAUUCU